AUGGACCAGCCAACACCCCCGAAAUCCAUCGCAGACCAUGACAAGACUGCACAGCAACAUCCAGAGCCUAGACUCGUAGCUGAGCCUCGUCUUAAACCCGAAGAUAAGGCCGAAAACACACUAACGGUCAAUCGCGGGGCAAUUCGUGUGCCGUCCCCAGAUCCCUCCCUGGUCUCGAUUGACGAUUCCAACAAUGUACGCAUUGGCCGGACCCCAGAUCGUAGUAGUAUCCCUUUUUAUCAUGCGAGACAGUUGUCUCGGUCCCCUAGUCCCCCGCGGAGUUUCAAGGGCAGGAUACAAGCAUCAUGGACUGCUAACAAAGGUUUGGCUCUUGUUUUGAUUUCGCAGCUGUUUGGCACACUGAUGAAUGUCACAACACGCAUGUUGGAAAUGGAAGGAAACAAUGGCAAUGGAUAUGAUCCUUUCCAGAUACUCUUUGCUAGGAUGAGCAUAACCGUCAUAUUAUCUUCUUUGUACAUGUGGUAUAGGAAGACGGAGCACUUUCCGUUCGGUAUGAAGGAAGUACGCCCGUUACUGAUAGCCCGAGGCCUGACUGGCUUCUUUGGUGUCUUCGGCAUGUAUUAUUCUUUAAUGUAUCUUCCCCUAGCUGAUGCGACAGUCAUCACUUUUCUCGCGCCUAGUCUUGCAUGCUGGGCAUGCUCCUACCUCAUCGACGAACCGUUCACUCGGAUGGAACAGAUCGCAGCAUGUGUCUCACUCUUCGGCGUUGUUCUGAUUGCACGGCCCGUCUCUCUUUUUGCCGCUCUUUCUCAUUCUCCAGAGACAGUAACGCCUGUCAGCGCCAACCCAGAUCCGCUUCCUGCCAACACAACGACUGCAUCACCGGACCGCCUUGCCGCAGACUAUGAUUCUGUAACUCCUAAGCAAAGAGCGAUUGCAGUUGGCGUAGCUAUGCUUGGUGUUUUGGGGGCUGCUGGAGCAUACACGACUAUUCGCUGGAUUGGCAAACGUGCUCAUCCUCUCAUCACUGUCAAUUAUUUUGGAGCCUGGUGUACGAUUGUCAGUAUUGUAGCCAUGUUUACCAUACCAGGUGUUGGCUUUCUACUUCCAAGCAACCUCGCAGACUGGUGUUAUCUGAUAUUCCUCGGUAUCUGCGGCUUCAUCAUGCAAUUUCUCUUAGCAGCCGGCCUGCAAUAUGAGAAGUCAUCUCGUGCUACCAAUAUGGUUUACAUGCAAAUGUUAUUCGCUCUCUCAUUUGACAAACUCGUCUGGGGCACAACCCCAGGCGCCCUGUCCAUCAUUGGCUCUUCACUCAUCCUAGGCUCUGCGAUUUAUGUUGCUAUGAACAAGGAACAUUCAAACAAGGUUAUGCAAAGGGAGAGGGGAAAUGGAGAGGAGGAGAUGGGGCUUAUAGCCCCGGAGUAUGAUAAUGAGCAACGAGACCAUGGUGAGACGGAUGUACAGAUGAGGUCGUCAAGAUGA